AUGCAUUUCAUUGUCUCUUGCCCCGUUUGGGAAGAUGCUAGUCCGCGACUCGAGGUUAGUGGCGCAGGAACGUUCUCAUGUAUCUGUCCUAGACUCGAAGAAGUCUGGUUCUCAGCUUCUUGUGCGUGUCUUUGUGUACGUACCGCAUCUGAAGUCCCCGGGGCCCCUCCUUCCCGCGACCAACUCAUCGUCUUUCCUCUCGGGCAUUGUGGCCUCGACCAUGUCCCUCUUGCCUUCGACCGCAGGUUGGUUCCUGCAUUUCAUGCCGUCCGCGAACUGCAGGCGCCUGCCCUGGCCGCACCCGCGCCUCACUUUGUCAUCAGAUGA